UUUCAACUCUCUCUCUCUCUCUCUCUCUCUACACACACUCACUCUUAUAUACAUACAAAUAUAUACACACUCACUUUCUCUCUCUACAGAAGGACAGGGCUUGGCCACAGCCAAAGGCCACCUGUUUUUCCUCCAUAAAACCACCACCAAGAAAAACCACAACAACACCUGUGAUCAAUUUCUUCAAAAACCCUAAUUCACACUUUCUCUCUCCUCAUCUCUAAUUCACAACACCACCUGUGUCUAUAGGCUUUUUGUGUAUAAAUGUAGAGAAAACAAGAAUCCCAACAGAAUACACUUUAAAUCACCCAAAUCUGUUAAACCCCAGUCUCUUUCUAUGCAGAGCAAAAUUGGGUUAGAGAAAGAGAGAGAGAAUUGCUCUUUAUAGAGAAUUUUCUAUAAAUUUAGAGUCUUUUUUGUUGUUGGGUUUUGGGUUUUUGAUUCCAUGGCUGCUGGUGCGGAGGUGACUGGUGAGGCAGUGGUGGAAGUUCCUGUUGUUGAGUCUUCUUCACCAGACACUUACACUACUGCCAAUGGUAAUGCUGAAUCUGUGAUUACUGAUUCUAAGAACUCUGAUUCCAAAUCGGAAUUCAAAAUGCAAGACAUUGUCGACAUGCUGUCGAAGCUGAAGCUGAAUCCCCUCGCGAAGGAAUUCUUUCCUUCAUCUUACUUGCAUGAUCGUAAUCGUGAUCAGUCUCUGCCCAACAAUUUCUCUCCAACUCAAAAGAAUUUGGGAAUUGAUGGCUACCCAAACAAUCGAAGGAGAAGAAACAAUGGUAACCAGGGGAGGAGGAGGUCGAAUGGGAGAGCUUUUAGAGCUCAAAGAGAAGACAGUAUUAGGCGAACUGUGUAUGUUUCUGAAAUUGAUCAUAAUGUCACUGAAGAGCAGCUUGCUGCCUUAUUUAGUAGUAAAUGUGGACAAGUUGUUGAUUGCCGAAUUUGUGGCGAUCCACAUUCACUUCUUCGCUUUGCAUUCGUAGAGUUUGCUGAUGAGCGAGGUGCAAGAGAAGCUCUCAACCUCUGUGGGACAAUCAUAGGUUUCUAUCAAAUUAGGGUCUUACCUUCGAAAACUGCUAUCCUUCCUGUGAAUCCAACAUUUCUCCCUAGGUCAGAAGAUGAACGAGAGAUGUGUGCAAGGACUGUAUAUUGUACAAAUAUUGAUAAGCAGGUUUCUCAAGCUGAUGUCAAGUUAUUUUUCGAAUCUUGUUGUGGCGAGGUUUCUCGCCUGAGGCUUUUGGGGGAUAAUGUGCAUUCAACCCGCAUUGCUUUUGUUGAAUUUGCUGUGGCAGAGAGUGCCAUUGAAGCACUGAACUGUAGCGGGAGGCUCUUGGGAACCGAACCCAUUAGGGUAAGUCCUUCAAAGACCCCUGUGAGGCCGCGUGCUCCUCGCCCUGCAGUACAUUAACUACUUCCCGGAGGCUGAGUCAAUAUUUGGAUGGAAGUCAGUGUAUUCCCCUGUUGAGAAAGACUCCAGUGAUGGAGUGCUGAACCUUUCUUUCAUUUCAGUGUUUGUGUCAUUUCUAUAGCAACAACAAACAGUUACUUUCCUUGCAACUGAACAAAAUCGUAGCCCUGCUUCAAUUGAAGUUUUUUUUUUCGGGCGGAUGGUCCCGUUCAACUUUUAACUUAAAUAUAUAUUUUUUUCUUUUCACAAUGCAAUCUAUCGAUUUUGAUAA